CUCCUCUGGCCGCAGCCAUCAUGAGCUGUCUCAGGAUGCGUCGUUCGCAGCUUGCGACCCAGCUUUCCAAGAGCCUCCGCGCGAGUGCCAACGUCCGAACCUUUUCCUCGACACGACCUGCCGCCCGCAUCUUUGCGACUGAACACCUCAAGGCCAAAGAAGCAUCCGGCUUCAUUUCUCGCAAAUACCCAGUCAUUGACCAUGAGUAUGAUGCGGUCGUUGUUGGUGCUGGUGGAGCCGGACUUCGAGCAGCGUUCGGUCUCGCCGAGGCGGGAUUCAAUACUGCAUGCAUAUCGAAGCUCUUCCCGACUCGAUCGCAUACGGUUGCCGCACAGGGAGGUAUCAAUGCUGCCCUAGGAAACAUGCACGAGGAUGAUUGGAGAUGGCACAUGUACGACACGGUGAAAGGUUCGGAUUGGCUUGGAGACCAAGAUGCAAUCCAUUACAUGACCCGUGAAGCACCUCAAUCCGUCAUCGAGCUCGAGAACUACGGCUGCCCAUUCUCUCGAACGGACGAAGGCAAGAUCUAUCAACGUGCUUUUGGUGGACAGUCACAGAAAUAUGGAAAAGGAGGACAGGCCUACAGAUGCUGCGCCGCCGCCGAUCGAACUGGUCACGCCCUCCUUCACACGCUCUAUGGACAGUCCCUCCGACACAACACCAAGUACUUCAUCGAAUUCUUCGCGACGGACUUGAUCAUGGAGGACGGUGUUUGCAAGGGUGUUGUAGCAUACAACCAAGAGGACGGUACGAUCCACAGAUUCAUUGCCAAGAACACAGUUCUAGCUACCGGUGGCUAUGGCCGUGCCUAUUUCAGCUGUACUUCGGCUCAUACUUGCACGGGUGACGGUAUGGCUAUGGUGGCACGUGCUGGCCUUCCCAACCAGGAUCUCGAAUUCGUGCAGUUCCACCCCACUGGUAUCUACGGUGCAGGAUGUUUGAUUACCGAGGGAUCGCGUGGUGAGGGUGGCUACCUUUUAAACAGCGAAGGUGAACGAUUCAUGGAACGUUAUGCUCCUACCGCUAAGGAUUUGGCUUCCCGAGACGUCGUUUCGCGAUCAAUGACUUUGGAAAUCCGCGAGGGCCGUGGUGUAGGACCAGAGAAGGACCACAUCUAUCUCCAGCUCAGCCAUCUUCCUGCCGAGAUUCUCCACGACCGUCUUCCUGGUAUUUCCGAGACUGCCGCCAUUUUCUCUGGUGUCGACGUCACCAAGCAACCUAUUCCUGUGCUGCCUACCGUCCACUACAACAUGGGUGGUAUCCCCACCAAGUACACUGGUGAAGUGCUCACUGUUGACGAGCAGGGCAAGGACAAGGUUGUUCCAGGUCUCUUUGCCUGCGGUGAAGCUGCCUGUGUCUCCGUGCACGGCGCCAACCGUUUGGGCGCAAACUCCCUCUUGGAUCUUAUCGUCUUCGGCCGUGCUGUCUCCCACACCAUCCGUGACAACUUCUCGCCCGGCCAAACUGCCGAUCCCGUUUCCGCAGAUGCAGGUGCCGAGUCCAUAUCGGUCAUCGACAAGAUCCGAACCGCAGAUGGGCCCAAGUCGACCUCCGAGAUCCGCCUCAACAUGCAGAAGGUCAUGCAGACUGACGUUUCCGUUUUCCGUACUCAGGAAUCGCUUGACGAGGGUGUUCGCAAGAUCCGUGAGGUCGAUGCUACUUUUGCCGACGUUGGAACCAAGGAUCGCAGCAUGAUCUGGAACUCUGACCUCGUCGAGACAUUCGAGCUUAGGAACCUGUUGACCUGUGCCGUGCAGACCGCAGAGUCUGCCGCCAACAGGAAGGAAUCAAGAGGCGCACACGCACGCGAGGACUACCCCGACAGAGAUGACGAGAACUGGAUGAAGCACACUCUUUCAUGGCAGAAGGAGCCACAUGGCAAGGUCAAGCUGGGCUACAGGGCCGUCACUAGCACCACCUUGGACGAGAACGAGUGCAAGGCAGUUCCACCUUUCAAGCGAACAUACUAAGCUAUGGAUCAAGGAGUUUCAUCAUGUAUUCUAUGUAUAUUCGGUGCAGUUGCAUGGUACAAGUACCAGGAAGAAACCUGGUCUGUUGCGUAAAUGAUUUUUAUAUCAAUUCAAAAUAAACUACCGAAUCACCCACUACAAAUUCAC